UAAAACACAUCCGGAGUGUGAUUUAUGAGUUGUUUUCCAUCAUGCUUUUCAUUUCUUUACGUAAAAGAAGGUAGCGUUUGUUAUAAUAGGCUACCUUUUAUUUUUCUCUCUGAAGUGUCAUGCCUGUAAAUUUCCUUUGAAUUUUCUGCCCAGGUUUUUCCUGUUAUUCAAACAGCAAAACAUUUCCUUAUCAUAAAUAUGAAGAUAGAAAAUAAACUUGAGUGUAGUACAUUAAAUUUGGUUCUGAACUGAAAACAAUGGGUUGUGAAUGAACCACUUAAUUGGAGAAACCCACGUGACUGCAGGUUUGUCCUCCGGUCAUAAGAACAGGUGGUCGCAGAGAGAAGCUACAGAUCCAUCAUUCACACUGAGUGUAGAUGCUAAAGAGAGUCGGUUUUCUUUUAUGAUUUAUUUCAUGCCAUCUAAAAGUUGUGUUAGACACAACGUUACGUCUAAAUCUUCUCAUAAAUUCUAGUGAGCUAAAAUUAUACUCCAAUUGUUUUCUUCUUGGCAAACGCGUGUGAGAUUUGUUCGUCCCUCAUGAAGGUGGAGGAAGAGCUGAGGAGCGGCGGCGCGGUGACCGGUACUCGGGACGGUAACGACUGCUGCAUCACCAGACUGCUGAGCGUUGUGGAGAGCGAGUUACAGGCCGGUAGAGAGAAGGGAGACCCCACCGAGAAACAGCUCAAAGUCAUCCUAGAAGAUUCUGAACUCUGGAGGAAAUUCAAAGAAUUGACUAAUGAGAUGAUUGUGACCAAGAACGGCAGAAGGAUGUUUCCAGUUCUGAAGGUCAGCGUGACGGGUCUGGAUCCCAAUGCCAUGUAUUCGUUCCUCUUGGACUUCAGUCCUGCAGACGGGCACCGCUGGAAGUACGUGAACGGCGAGUGGGUCCCUGCGGGCAAACCUGAGCCUCACAGUCACAGCUGCGUCUACAUCCACCCCGACUCGCCCAACUUCGGUGCCCACUGGAUGAAGGCUCCGGUGUCCUUCAACAAAGUCAAACUGACCAACAAACUCAACGGAGGCGGCCAGAUCAUGCUGAAUUCUCUCCAUAAGUACGAGCCUCAGAUUCACAUUGUUCGUGUAGGAGGCAGCCACAGGAUGGUGACCAACAUCUCUUUCACAGAAACUCAGUUCAUCGCUGUAACGGCCUACCAGAAUGAAGAGAUAACUGCACUGAAGAUAAAACACAAUCCAUUUGCUAAAGCUUUCCUUGACGCAAAGGAAAGGAGCCAUCCUAAGAAUCAUCUAGAACCUCCAUCUGAAAACCAGCAUGUGGGCAUACCGCACUGCGGAUGGUUCAUAUCAAACCCAGACACUCUGUGUUCUGCUAGUGGUGGUAACUUUCCGUACCCAGGAGGUUUACCGCUUACUCCCCACCAUGGGUACAAACACUACCCAAGCCUGCACGGGCCCCGAGCAGCCCCGUACCCAUCCCCCUACCUGCCCCACCAUCAUCACCACCGUGGCCAUAACUCGGUGUCUCUAUCUGAGAAUCUGAGUCCAGGUGCUGUGCAGAUGUUCUCUGGUCACGAGGGCUGGACAGGUGUGUCUCCUCCUGGUCCUGCUGCGAUGCUGUCUAUGCAACCUGCUCCAAGCUCACCCGGAGCCAGCAGUCAGUAUCCAUGCCUGUGGACCGUGAGCAGCUGCACUGUAUCUUCCAGUCCUCCAGGGGGCAUUGUGAGCUCCACACAUAGCCAGGAGGAACCCACAGAUGGAGGGUCCACCUCAACAUCACCCUGCUCUUUACUGCAGGGCCAUGGACCAACCAGCUCUGAGGCUGGUGUAGAUCAAGCCAGUCACAGUAGGGUAGGCAGGGUGAGCUGGUCUUCUGUCUCCACCCACUCAUUUUGAGUGUUCUCAUUUAAUUCUAAAGAAGAGGUGUACAUGAUCUUUGAAGAUAAUGGAUGUACAGCUGGUUCUGAUGUGUCAAUGGUCCUGUCCCCAAUGAUGCUGAGUUUAUGCUUUAAUGACAUAAAGGCUCUGUUGGAAUAAAAAAAAAAAAAAAACCUGUAGGAAUUCUAAAUACUGUCAGGAGUACCUCAAAUAACCCCAUCAUAAGAAUAAAGUUGAUGUACUUGAUUUCCUUUGAAUAAACUGUAUGAUAUUUGAGUCACCUACCAAAUGUUCAAAGCUUUCUGCCAGACUGGAAUUCUAAGGAUCUUAAAAGAAAGACAAAUGGCCUCUCUAAGAAACGAGGAAACAUAGUCCAGAAGAUCUCAAAUCCGAACAGGACCAUCUUUUAUCUUUUAUAAUAGAAAAAGGGAAACUUUUUGUGCUUUCAGUGUGUUGUAAACUUUAUAUUAUUUGUAUGUUACAAGUCAUUGCAAUGUAUCUGAGGACAGCUUUUUGUGAAUGUUGUCGUAAAAGUCAGUGAUCAUCAUGAGAACACAGAGGUCAUGGGUUCAAUUCCCAGAGAACACACACAUUGAUUUAAAAAAGGGAUUUGCAUUAAAACAUCUGUCAUAUAACUGUAAAUGUACAUUACUGUUCAAAAGUUUGGGGUUUUUAGAUUUUUAGUCUCUUAUGUUAUGCUCAC